UUUUUCAGCAUUUUAAUAAUUCUGUUGUUGAUGUGAACAUUUCAUCAACAAUGUACUACGACGUAAAGAAAGCAAAGAGCAUGUGUUCGGCAAAAAAAUGGACCCUGUCGUCUAAAUCUUGCAUACCCUACUAAUCAAUAUGUCGUUCGGGCAACACCUGAUACUGUAAGUCCAGGCAUUUUCUUGAAAAAUCAAGAAUGUCAGCAUAGUUUAGUGAAAUUUGCUUAACGAUCGAUGUGUCCACUGCAGCAAGCCCUGUCUGGAACGUCGUACGUUGAGAUAUCUUUCAUCAUCCGUUUUGUCUUUUAUCUUGGAGUUUUAGGAGUAUUAGUAAUAAUCAUUUGCCUUAUACUGAAAUCUUUGGGGGCUUGUGAUGAUGAGAGUUAUCUAGAAGAAACACCUGUAUCAAGAGAAAUAACCGAGACCGAUCCCAUUUUUCCACAGAAGGAAGUAAGAUCAACUUAUGGAACAUAUGAAGAAGAGGGAAAUUCUGGCAGAUCAAGCUCUUCAGAGGAUUUAUAUGAUUGCAAAAUAUGUGUUAUUUGCUAUGACAAUCCAAGAAACUGCUUUUUUGUUCCUUGUGGUCAUUGUGUAACUUGUCAAGAAUGUGCUCAGAGGAUCAUGCAUGUUGAAAGUAGGGUGUGCCCAGUGUGCAGAAGGCCAAUUCAUAAAGUUAGAAAGCUUAUCAUUCCUUAAAUUGGAAAACUUGACCUUGUGAAUUCCUUUUUUUUUCUCGGGAAAUUUUAAUAAAGUUGUGAAGAUGUGUAAUCAGUGUAUGAACUUUUAGAAACUCCAUAUAUAGUUUUUGAGAAGAUGGAGAAGGACUAGUUAAUUCAAACAAAAGAUUGAU